UCUGGCUCAAGGAAAGCUGUAGAAGACGACACAAGAUGAGGCGGGAAGAGGAGGAAGAGGAGGGAACCAGGAUGAAGGGAAAAGGAGACCUAGAGGUGAAGGAGGAAGAGGCAGUCAGUGAGAAGGGAGAACUGGUUGGCCCUUUCGCAAGCGCCAUGCCCACCCCUACACCCCACAACAAGGGCACCCGGUCUUCCGAGGUAUGGGAGUAUUUCCACCUGGCCCCUGUUCGUGCUGGCCACCACCCCAACCAAUAUGCCACCUGCCGCCUGUGUGGCAGGCAGGUGAGCCGUGGCCCCGGGGUGAACGUGGGCACCACAGCCUUGUGGAAACAUCUGAAAAGCAUGCAUAGAGAGGAGCUGGAGAAGACCGGCCAUGGUCAGGUGAGGCAGCACAAGGACCUAAGGCCCCAGGGGCCCCAACUCCCCCUGGGUAUCGAGGGCGACUGGGCCCGGCUCCUGGAGCAGGUGGGGGCCCUGGCUCUGUGGGCCAGCCAAAGGGAAAAGGAGGUGCUUAGGCGGGAGAGGGCAGUGGAAUGGCGGGAGAGGGCAGUGGAAAGGCGAGAGCGAGCCCUGGAGGCGGUAGAGAGGGCCAUCCUGGAGAUGAAGUGGAAGCUGAGGGCUGAGAAGGAAGCCUGUCAGAGACAGCAGGAGCAGCUUGCCAUGGCUCAUCCCUUCCAUUUUGUGUAA